AUGGCCGCAAAGAUGGGUGCUCCGAGUCAGAUGCCUCCCAUACCUAACAGGGAGGAUAUCGGAGCGACAUGGACAUAUCUACAAGCUGGAAUCUCACGCGUCAUGAACGAUCUGGAGCAGGGUAUCGACAUGCAAAUGUACAUGGGCGUUUACACAGCUGUCCAUAACUUCUGCACAUCGCAAAAGGCCAUCGGCAUGCACGGGCCUGCGAUGCAUUCUAACCAUCGAGGAGCACAUCUCCUUGGCGAGGAGCUGUAUAACAAGCUAAUCGAUUAUCUCAAGCAACAUCUCGACGACCUUGUGACCCAGAGCAAGGCGCAUACUGACGAGGCGCUGCUCGCAUUCUACAUCAAGGAAUGGGGACGAUACACAGUCGCUGCCAAGUACAUUCAUCAUCUGUUUCGGUACCUCAACAGGCACUGGGUCAAGCGUGAAAUUGAUGAAGGUAAGAAGAAUAUCUACGACGUGUAUACACUCCACCUUGUGCAAUGGCGUAAGGAGCUUUUUGAAAAAGUCAGCACCAAAGUAAUGGAUGCUGUUCUCAAACUCGUCGAGAAGCAAAGGAAUGGUGAGACUAUUGAACAUAGCCAGAUCAAGCAGGUCGUGGAUUCCUUUGUUUCAUUAGGACUCGACGAAGCAGAUCCCUCCAAGUCCACCCUCGACGUUUACCGCUUCCACUUCGAACGCCCUUUCCUCACUGCCACAAAGGAAUUUUACCUAGCCGAGUCUAAGCAAUUUGUUGCCGAGAACAGCGUCGUGGAGUACAUGAAGAAGGCAGAGACUCGACUAUCCGAAGAAGAAGAGCGCGUUCGCAUGUACCUUCAUCAGGACAUUGCCAUUCCUCUCAAAAAGACUUGCAACCAGGCCCUCAUUGCCGACCAUUCAGCUCUUCUUCGUGAAGAGUUCCAAGUGCUCCUUGAUAACGACCGAGAAGAGGAUAUGGCUAGAAUGUAUAACCUACUUUCUAGAAUCCCGGAUGGGCUAGACCCCCUCCGAGCGCGUUUCGAGACACAUGUAAGGAAGGCUGGCCUGGCUGCUGUGCAGAAGGUCCAAUCUUCCGAGGGUGACAAGCUGGAGCCGAAAGUCUACGUGGAUGCUUUGCUCGAGAUCCACACGCAGUACCAGGGUUUGGUAAAGAGAGCUUUCAACGACGAACCCGAGUUCACGCGAUCACUUGACAACGCCUGCAGAGAAUUUGUCAACCGGAACGAAGUUUGCAAAGCUGGAUCCAACAAGUCACCGGAGCUCCUGGCCAAGUACACAGAUGUCCUUCUCCGAAAGAGUAGCACUAGUAUUGAAGAGGCUGAACUGGAGCGUACCCUUAGCCACAUUAUGACAGUGUUCAAGUACAUUGAAGAUAAGGAUGUCUUCCAGAAAUUCUACUCCAGAAUGCUCGCCCGACGCUUGGUGCACAGCAAUUCGUCAUCUGACGAUGCCGAGACUAGCAUGAUUAGCAAACUGAAGGAGGCUUGCGGUUUCGAGUACACCAACAAGCUUCAGCGUAUGUUCCAAGAUAUGCAAAUCUCAAAGGACCUGAACAAAGAAUUCCGCGACCACCUGGAGGGCGUCGAAUACACACAGGCGGUUGAUUCCAACUUCUCUAUUCUAGGAACUGGUUUCUGGCCAUUGACGGCGCCGAGUACUGACUUUAACCCGCCACCGGAGAUCGCGGCUGAGAUUGAGCGUUUCAUCCGAUUUUACAAACACAAGCAUGAAGGUCGUAAGCUUACGUGGCUGUGGCAUCUUUGCAAGGGCGAGAUCAAGGCCGGCUACUGCAAGGCUAGCAAAACGCCUUACACCUUCCAGGUCUCUAUCUACCAGAUGGCCAUUCUCCUCCUUUUCAACGAGAAGGAUACUUACAGCUAUGAGGAUAUGCUAAGCGCUACCCAACUUAGCAAGGAAGUGUUGGACCAGGCCCUUGCUGUUAUCCUAAAGGCCAAGGUGCUUAUCAUGUCAGGAGCAGCUGGUGAGAAGCCCGGAGCAGGCAAGACUUUCAAGCUCAACUACGACUUCAAGAGCAAGAAAAUCCGAGUGAACCUGAACCUCGGUGGUAUAAAGGAGGCCAAGCAAGAGGAGGCCGAGACCAACAAGACGAUUGAGGAAGACCGAAAACUGGUUCUUCAGUCCGCAAUUGUGCGAAUCAUGAAGGCACGAAAGAAGAUGAAGCACACACAGCUAGUCAGUGAGACUAUCAACCAAAUCCGCUCUCGUUUUGUUCCCAAGGUUGGCGACAUCAAGAAGUGCAUAGAAAUUUUACUAGACAAGGAGUACCUGGAGCGUCUGGAUGACGACGAGUUAGGAUACCUAGCUUAA